AUGAUGGACGCCACCGCAACAACUCGGCCUGCGAGCCGCCGGGCACUUGCUGACCUUCAAUACAAUUCCAUCAUUGCAGACCAGGCAACUUCCUCUGAUGAGGAAUCUCCAGGCUCGCGCGAAAUUCGCGGGGAGCAGGCCCGAACUGCGAUAGGCGUUUCAAUUGGACGGGAGCAGACCAGAUUUACCUCGCCCAAUACGCCCGCAAAUGAGAAGGCCGCAGCUAUAGAAAGGGAAGGCGGUUUCUUCGGAACGGUGCUUGAUGGCACAGCUGAAGGCUUUCCCGAGACUGUAGAUGAUGAUGACGAUGAAGAAGAUGAGCGCGAAUCUGCCCAGCGAAACCAGGUGGGCUCAUCGAGCAGACCAGGCGCGAGGAUACCUUCUCCAUGGCGCGUUCCAGAUCCCAGGCAAUUCGGUACCCAGCGAUCCAGCAAAACUAAAUCCAUAUUGCAUGCUGGCUUCUUCGGCCGGAAGCGCUCCUGGUCGGGUCCAGAUUCGUGGUUAUCUUCCUUGCCAAAAGGUUUCACUUUUUCGUCCUCUCGUGAACAGUCCAAAGAAGUUCGAAAAGUUUCGAGUUCACCCAGACGAUCCACUCUAUACACUGAAUCGCGAACUUCACCUCAAGAUGCGAGCGAGCCCGAGUCUUUCAAGCAGAGCGAGGAGGCACGGGCAGCCGUGGGGACUCUGCCCACGAACUACCAUCUCCAACGCAUCAAAUCGGGCACGACGAGGCCACCACAGCUUCGAAGGUCUACCUCCGACAACUCACUCGUCACGCAGCGAACGCUUUCGAUGGUAUCUUCUUUGGGCGAUGAUACUCGCUUCGAGCACAUCUCGGAACAGGUAAACAGUAGAUUCAAAGCGAUAAAGGACAGUCUACAGGACUCGAAGAUUAAUCUACCCAGCAUGCCUUCCAUAUCGAGCUUCAGCGUCUCUAGCUUUACACCCGACUUUAUGAACCGUGAACGUUCAAACUCGUUAUUCGCAAGGCCAUUGAACAGCGAGUCAUCCGACAGUUUACCUCAUCGAACACGGAAUCCUCAGAAACCUGUCGAUCCCCUGACAAGACAGCCCUACUCGUCUGCGAAAGCAGCCAUGUCAGAGAGCUGGGACAAAUCAAGCAUCGAGCAUCCACAUUUCAGCCAAGCACUAGAACAGCUCGAGGGCGACGUUGUGAUACUGGGAGGAUAUCGAGGUUCAAUUUUGAGAUCAGCAGAGCCGCCGCAUCGUCAAUUAUGGGUUCCAAUCAAAGUCGGAUUGAACCUUCGCAAGGUAGAUCUCGAGUUGGCAAUCGAUGAAGAUGGUGAUGAGCGUGCGACCGAGACCGUAAUCCCCGGUGGUAUGCUGAGUCACAUAGGACCAAUUGACAUCUCACGGAGGCUUUUUAAGCGUCUUCGAUCAUGUGAGAAUGCUCGUUCCGGGAAGCUCAGAGUGCACGACUACGGAUACGAUUGGCGUCUUCACCCUGCCCAUCUGAGCGCACAAUUGCUCAAAUUUCUUCAAACACUACCAAGCAAUCAGCCCGGCGUGGCCAAUUCUGGACGUGGAGCAACGGUUCUCGCGCACUCGCUUGGUGGUUUGAUCACUCGUCACGCGGUGAAUCAACGUCCAGAACUCUUUCGAGGCGUGGUAUACGCCGGAGUGCCAACUACAUGUGUAAACAUUCUCGGGCCGUUGCGUAAUGGCGAUGAAGUCCUCAUGAGCUCCCGUGUCCUCACAGCACAGGUCAAUUUCACCAUACGGACCUCUUUCGCACUUCUUCCUCUCGACGGAAGAUGUUUCUUUGACAAAACAACAAAGGAAGAGUAUCCUGUGGACUUCUUCGACCCGCAGACAUGGAUUGACAAUCGCUUGUCGCCUUGCGUUGGCAGACCGCUGCCACCACUUUCUCCGCCACCGAAGCCUACGGGAAUUUCUGGCUAUGUCAAUUCGGUCACCAGUGCAUUCCCAAGCUUCUCUCUUCCUCGUCGAAAGAGCGUCUCUAGCCCGAGGAUUCCAGGCGACCUAUCAAAAACCACUGCUGUUGGAGGUGUAGAAGCGCCGGACACGAUGGGAUCCAACGCGAAAAGUAGCGAUGUUGCCAUGGCAAGUGGGAACAUAGCCACGGAUACUGAUCCGAACGAUGCCGAUGAUGAGGAACAUCAACCUGCUUCGGUGCGCACAGCCGUAACUCUUCCUCGGGAAGAAGCCAUCGCGUACCUCACCAGAACACUGGCCACGGUUAAGAAAUUCAAGGAGGAGUUGUUCUUCGAUCCGAAACACGACGCUGCGAACCUUUAUCCGCCAAUCGCGGUAAUAUACGGGAAAGAUACUCCGACUGUGUUUGGUGCUAAGAUCGAUGGUAGAGAGGGUAUGAAGCAUGCAGAUUCGUACGACGAACUAGCAUUUGCUAGCGGUGACGGUGUCGUCCUGGCAAAGGCAGCAAUGGCUCCGGAGGGUUACAAAGUAGCAAAAGGUGGUGUCGUAAGCUCUGAAAGAGGACAUGUGACCCUUUUGGGCGACAUGGAAGCUGUAGGGAAAUGCUUGAAUGCCAUCAUCAAGGCCAGAAGAAGAGGUGUUGGUGUAGGAUCAGAAGAUGUUGGUAGAUGA